UUAUAUCUGUGUCAUGCUAUGAAUCGAUACUCAAAUAAACAGUUCCCUAGGGAACAAGCUAGCGUUUUAUAUAACGUUUGUUCCAGAGCGAGUUGUACAGUAAAGUGUUGAUGUCAGAGGCCAGCGUGCACUCUGAUUUCUCACGUCUGGCUCGUUGGCUCACCGGGACUUCUGUUGGACUAGUGCUGGGUGGAGGGGGAGCCCGCGGCGCCGCACACAUAGGAAUGAUACGAGCCAUACAGGAGGCGGGUAUACCGAUCGACAUGGUGGGCGGAGUUAGUAUCGGUGCGUUCAUGGGUGCGUUGUGGUGUAUGGAGAGGAAUAUUACCACAGUAACACAGAAAGCGAGGGAGUGGUCUAACAAAAUGACCCAAUGGGGUAAACAGCUCCUCGACCUCACUUACCCAGCAACCUCCAUGUUCUCCGGUCGUCAGUUCAAUACCACCAUACGUUCCACCUUCGGGGAAGUUCAUAUCGAAGAUCUAUGGCUCCCAUACUUCACAGUCACGACAGAUAUCAGUGCUAGUUGCAUGAGAAUACACAGACACGGUUCGCUAUGGCGUUACAUACGCGCCUCGAUGUCGUUGAGCGGUUACAUGCCGCCGCUGUGCGACCCGGUAGACGGCCACCUCCUAUUGGACGGCGGUUACGUCAACAACCUGCCAGCGGACGUGAUGAGAUCUUUCGGUGCGAAACACAUCCUUGCGAUCGACGUAGGCUCCCAAGAUGACGUGGACCUCACUAACUAUGGAGAUGAUUUGUCUGGCUGGUGGCUCCUGUGGAAGAGAUGGAACCCAUUCACGACUCCUGUGAAAGUGCCAAAUUUGCCUGAUAUACAGAGUCGACUCGCUUAUGUCUCCUGUAAUAGACAACUAGAGGAAGUGAAGAAGUCUGACUACUGCGAGUACAUCCGCCCGCCCAUAGACGCCUACAAGACCCUUCAGUUCGGUUCGUUCGACGAGAUCCGCGAGGUGGGCUACCGGCACGGCGCCGCGUACUUCGAGGGCCAGCGGCGCGGCGGCGGCGGCGGCGUCAGCGGGGCCGCCGCGGAGGGGCGCAGGCCCGACGCGCAGCCGCAACUCACCGACUACACGUUCACCGACCUAGCUCAGAUGGUGUGUUCAGUACGUACUGGACGCGACGUCGAUAACGACUCGUCUUCGUCCUCCGAUUACGAGGAAGACCAAAGACACUUCGAGGGCUACGCAUCCGAGCCCAGCGCUGGUAUAUUAGAGAUGUCUUCCAGCGUAGAGGAGGGUGCAGCAUGGAUCAGUGAUACGGAGCUGGUGGGCACUUAUUAGCACGCGCACGCGCACAAUAGAUGGUUAACUGACACUUAAUAGGAUCUAUUCUGUCUCUAUCGGAAGACGAGAUAGACUCCGAGGCGGAGGUGUACGAUCCGUUGAACAAACGCGGCGGCGGCAGGUGAGACGCGACCCAGCACGACCUGUGCAAGGCUUUAUUCGAGUUCGCCCAGUGUGGCGACAUGGACGAGAGCAGCGAAUGAUGUUGCGUGAGUGUGUGAAAUAGGCAUGAUGCCUGGUUUAAUAAAAGAGAAAUUGUAUUUAGUCCGCCAGUCAGCCAAUGUAAAAG